CAUCCAUUCCAAGGGCUGUCGCUCGUCCCUAGGGCGGAAUCCUGCACCUUAAUUACACGCUGUAUCUGGUGGCUAACAGUUCUGUCAUAUUUCAGCUGCCACGCUGGCUCCCGGACAAAGCGCCCCAGGCGAAGGACGAGUGUGGGAGGAAAGCCAUGCCCCCCACCCUGACCAGGGUCAGUGUGGCGUGGCAAAACCUCCACGAUUUUCUUUGAAAGACGGGCGUGAACUGCAGCCUGCUUGGGUGGUGGAAUGGAGGGGGCCAAAGUGCCCUGCGAAUGGAAUCCAGUCAUAUCCACCCUUAGUAGUUUCGACACUCAGAAUUUUUAGUACCCUAUUUGCACAGGCCCCGCCCCAUCCAUCUCCUCGUUUGGUGCAGCAGCAGGCCACAUAAGAGAGCAUGUCCCCCUGGCUCCGCUGUUGCCAGCGUAAGCCAUGUGCAUUGCUCACAUGCCCCUGAACUGCGACAGUCAUGCCAUGUAUCCAAAGCAGAUUCAAACACACCAUGCCAUGCAUAACUUUGGCGUUGCCCGUUGAUAUAGCCAUGGCUCGACAGGGUUCGCAAAUAGAAGUUUGAAGAUCCUAGGCGGCAGUAGUGACCCAAGGCGUUCAAACACGGUAUGAAACCUCCAGAAAAGUUUCCCAAGGUGAUGUCGAGUCGGGCGGUGGUGGCGCAAAUUGCGGCGGCGGUGGCGGUGUGGAUGGCGUGCGCGGGCGUGUUGGCGGGGCUGGUGGCGUGGAGGGUGCAGAAGGGCUUCGACGACAAUCGCAAGGCGGAGCUCGACGCGUGGUGCGCUGGUCGAGCGCGCUCGCUGCAGCAGCAAUUUAUGCUGACCGCCGACCACGUGCAGGUGCUGGCGGGUCUGGCCACGGUGUUUGGCGGCGUGCGGAGGAACCCCUGGGCGGUGGGCAGCUGCAUGACGCAGAGGCGCUUUGUGCACUUCGUGGAGCGCACCAUCCCCGCGCAGCCCUGGGUGCACGCCGUGGGCUAUAUGGCCGUCAUCAACGGCUCCGACAGGGCGGCCUUUGAGCGUCAGGCGCAUUGCCAGCUGCUGGACAUACUGGGGAAGCCGGCCCCGGUGGCGGACUGGUACAUGAACUCGCGCGUGUGGUUUCAAGAAAACCCCCCGCUGCCGCUGCUGGAGAUGACGUCUACCUGUGUCAACGUGCGCACGCACCCCUCGUACGGCCCGCAGCUCAACCGCAUGCACGAGCUGGGCGUCAACCUGCUCAGCUUGCCCUACGUGCUCGACAAUGGGCAAGUGGGCAUGGGCAUGGGAUUCCCAAUCUUCAAGGACGGUGUGACCACAUCGUCCCCCCUGGCGGAGCGGCAGGCGGCGCUCAUCGGGCUCAUCGCGGCGUCCAUCGACUUCAACAGCCUCGCCGCUUUCAUCAUCAGCGAGGUCCUUCGGCAAGGUGUGGAGUAUGCCCUUGAGGUCUAUGAUGUCACCUCCACUGACACUCUCGCCUUCUCCUCCGCCGCCUCUGCCGUCUCCAUUGACGGCACCUCGCCUGCCCGUCGCCUGCUGUACGGCGUGGGCGACCUGCCUCAGGGCGAUCCCAUGCAAGUGUCAAAGCUCAUUCCGCCCUCCAACGAAACCAUGCUGCAGCCACACCGCUACAAGUCCGUGCAGCAAAUCAAUGUCACUGACACUUCGCGAUCUUACCAGAUGUGGUGCCGCUUCGGCGGCUCGGACACGGCGCACAGCUGGACGGCCAAUCUGCUGGCCACCGUCAUAGUGGUGGUGGCGGCGCUGCUGGCCGCCAUCGGCGUGAGCGUGGCGUGCAACACGCGGGCCGUGCGGGAGAAGACGGUGGCGCUGGAGAUGCUCAAGGAGAAGACGCAGGAGGCUGAGAGGAACAAGAGUGCCUUCAUUGCCAACACGGCUCAUGAGCUCCGCACGCCGAUCAUCGGCCUCAGGGGCAUGUUGGAGGAGCUGGCGGAGGGCCAGGUGGACGAGGGGCAGCGGGAGGACGUGGGCACGGCGGUGGGCGAGGUGGAGCGCAUCCUGGCGCUCAUCAACGUCGUGCUCGACGUCUCCAAGGCCGAGGCUGGCCACCUGCAGCUCGAGACCCUGCCCUUCCACCUGCGCUCCUGGCUGCGCGAGGCGCUGCACACCCAUGCACACGCCGCACAGGCUCGACACCUGGACUUCACAUGCCAUGUGGACGCUAGUGUGCCGGAGGUGCUGGUGGGGGACUACCUGCGCCUGCAGCAAGUGGUGGACAGCAUCGUUGACAACGCCAUCAAGUUCACGUCCAGUGGAGGGGUGUGUGUGCGGCUGCAGUGCCUCCCCGCCACCACCGACAUCCCCGCUCACCUUCGAUCACUGGGCUGCCACGUGGCUCAACGCACCCCAGCUGCUGCCAACGCUGCCGCCGCUGCUACCAGAGCUGCUGCGCGUGGCAGUGAGAAGCACGGCGCGGCGAGGGUGUCGUUCAGGGAACAGGUGGAGCAGCGCGGGCUGGCAGCGGCUGUGAUGGGCGUGUGGGCGCUGCGGCUGCUGCAGGAGCGGCUGGCCUCGCUCAAUGCGUGGCUGCUCGCAUGCCCCCUGCACACGGGCAUGGUCACGGAGAGGGAGUGGUGGGGGGGGGAGGAUGGGGAGAGUCAGGUGGGGGAGGAGGGCGAGAGGCUAAGGGAGUGUGAGGAGGAUGAGGCGCGGAGGGAGUGCGAGGAGGGAGAGGGGGCAAGUGCAGAGCAAGUGCGCAGUGAAGGGCUCAGUGGUGAGGCCUGGGGGAGAGGUGAAGGGGGGGAUGCAGCAAGGCAACCAGGGGAAGCUGAGGGCACGAGAGGAGAGACACAUGGACGUUUGGCGUUGGAGAAGAGUGGAGAUAGGGAGAAGGAAGGAAGGGGCAACAUUGUUUUGAGGGAGGGUGGCACGGAGAGAGCUUUGUUGAGGCAUGCAGAUGAGGGUGAGGGGGAUGGCCAUGGUAUAGGGGGGCCUUGUGUUGGCGCACGUGAGGGAGGUGCAUGUGAGGGAGGUGCAUGCGAGAGAGGUGCUUGCGAGGGAGGUGCAUGCGGGAGAGGUGCAUGCGGGGGAGGUGCAUGCGGGGGAGGUGCAUGCGGGGGAGGUGCAUGCGGGGGAGGUGCAUGUGGGGGAGGUGCAUGUGGGGGGGGUGCAUGUGCAGGGGGUGCAUUCGAGGGUGGUGCAUGCGAGGGAGGUGCAUGCAAGGAAGGUGCAUGCGAGGGAGGUGCAUGCGAGGGAGGUGCAUGCGGGGGAGGUGCAUGCGGGGGAGGUGCAUGUGAGGGAGGUGCAUGUGAGGGAGGUGCAUGUGAGGGAGGUGCAUGUGAUGGAGGUGCAUGUGAGGGAGGUGCAUGUGAAAGAUGUGCAUGUGGGGGAGGUGGCAACAAGGGUGCAUGGAUGGAUGCAGCGAGGCAGUGGUUGUGUGGGCCUUGCACUGAAGGGAGCGUGGUGUCCGAGGGGAAUGCUGACAGGCGAUUAGUGCUGCUGCUGUCGUGUGAGGACACGGGGUGUGGGAUAGUGGAGGAGGAGCAAGCUGAUGUCUUCCACGCAUUCAUGCAGCCACACCAGAAGAGACACGAUCAUGGCGGUAGCGGGAUGAGCCUUCACUUGUCGCGACAGCUGGUGUCCCUUUUGGGUGGCAGCAUUGGUCUGCUCAGCACGGAGGGCCAUGGCACCACUCUGCACGUCGCUAUGCCAUUCACUGCUGCCGCUGCGCCUUCUCCUCUUACUGCUGCUGCUUCGUCUGCUGCUGCUGCUUAUGCUGCUACCUCUGUUGGUAGUGACGCUAGCGGUGGCUGCGGGCCUCACCCCAGCAGAAGCUGGAGUGUGAGCGAGGGCGAGCACGGGUGUGGAGGGGGGGAGAGCACAAGUGGAGUGAAGGUGGGGGGUGAGAGGGUGCAGAGUGCCAAGGAGGCUCUCAAGGAGAUGCUGCAGGGCAUGGCGAUCCUGGUGGUGGACGACAAUGUGAUAAACCGGCGGGUGGCAGCGAGCACGCUGGGGCGAUACGGUGCUGACGUCACACUGGCAGAGUCAGGCGAGGCGGCUCUGCUGCUGCUGCAGCCGCCGCACUCCUUCCGCCUCGUGCUCAUGGACCUCCACAUGCCCCUCAUGGACGGCUACCAGGCCACAGCCCAGCUGCGCGCCAUGGAGGGGGGCGCGGGGCGCAUGGAGAGCAUCUCAGAGCUGCUGGAGGGGGGUGCUGAGGGCCUGGAGGGGGGCCCACAACGGCAGCAGCGCACGCAUGUGGUGGCCAUGUCAGCAGAUGUCGACAGCACCGUUGCUGCCCGUGCCACUGAGGCCGGCAUGGAUGGGGCGGUGCAGAAGCCACUCAAUGAGAAAGUGCUGCUUAAGGUUCUUUCAACUUUGUCUGUGAAGCAACGGAGGUACAGAACCCACUCAAUGUGACGCGUUAAAGCCCGCGACUCAAAGAGCGAAGGCAGAAACCACUUGGAAAUUUGAGAAAGGGAAAAAUGACAGAAGGAUGAAAUACCCUACAUACCGUUUUCCCUCGGAUAAAACACCUGCCAAUCCUAAUCACCCAUGGUUUGUUUGGGCGGACCUGGGUGCUGAAUUGAACUGGA